AUGUCAACCAAAAGAUUCAAUCAACAAACAACAAAAGAUAAUAAAGCAAUAAAAAAGAAACAAAAAAAUAAAAUAGUAGAAGAAGAAGAAGAGGAAGAGGAAGAAACAACUACCUCUACUACUACUACUACUACUGCUUCACCUAUUGUUUAUCAUGGUGAAUUAAAAUGUCAAUCAACAACCAAACAAUACGCAUGGUACGUCAGCAAAGCCACUUCCGAAACUAUCGCAAAAGGACAAGGAUCAAAGACAACUGCAGUUCAUGCUGGAAGAAAGGAUGGACUUGAUCUCGAGUCUGAUGGAAGUGUUGGAAAGAAAUACAAAAAGUCACGUGACAAGAUGUUUACAGACGCUGAUCCACACAGACACAAGUAUAAAGAUGACAAGGGCAAGCCUCUCAAACCCAAGUUCUUUGUCUAUUACGAUAAGGAUGGUAAAGAACAUCGUCUUGGAAUUGUGCAGUGCCGUCAAUUCUAUUGUAACUAUUAUGAGAGAUUGGUCAAACAACAAGACCAGUUCAAACAAUUGGUGCAACUACACCGAACCGGAACCAAUCUACAAAUCAUUGGCUACGAUGCAAGACACGUACCAAGUGAUCAAGCAUCCAUUGAUAAAGAGUAUCUAAACGCAUUCAAACCAUUUGGUCAUGAAUUGGUAUUAUUUGCAAUGUUAAUCAUUCAAGAUGAAUCAAAUUAUCCAUGGAGAACAAAUAAAACUUUUGAUUUCUAG